AUGCACUCCGACAGUGAAGACAGCACUGCAGCUGUCAGCAAUCAAAGCGAACAUGUAGCUUCGUCCAUUCCCCACGUGCCCGCCAGUGGUGCGUCACCUACUUCCGAUUUUGUCACUCGCCUGGAGAAGCUCUCGACCAAAGUUCCCGAUAUGUGGAUCGCGCCUGUCUGCGGCGCCUUUGCAGGUGUCGCUUCCGGAAUCGUGACCUGCCCCCUCGAUGUCAUCAAAACCAAGCUGCAAGCCCAAGGUGGAUUUGCCCGACGUGUGGCGCAGUCCGGCGAGACGAAAGCUUUAUAUCGGGGUAUGAUAGGAACUGGAAAGAUGAUCAUUAGGGAAGAUGGUCUGCGCGGUUUAUAUCAAGGGCUUGGGCCAAUGCUCAUGGGGUACCUCCCCACCUGGGCGGUUUACCUGGCGGUGUAUGACAAGUCUCGAGAAUACUUCUACGAAGAAACAGGCAGCUGGUGGUUAUCGCGAGGCUAUGCUUCAGUCACAGCCGGAGCCUGCUCAACGAUCGUGACGAAUCCCAUCUGGGUAAUCAAAACACGGCUCAUGUCGCAAAGUUUGAAACAGAACAACGAAGGCGCGAGGGCACCGUGGCAAUAUUCAGGCACACUAGAUGCCGCCCGCAAGAUGUACCGGAUUGAGGGCUUCCGCUCAUUCUAUUCAGGCUUAACACCCGCUCUUUUGGGAUUGAGUCAUGUCGCCAUCCAGUUCCCACUCUACGAAUAUUUGAAGAUGGCCUUCACCGGAUAUAGUAUCGGAGAACACCCGAACACCGGCAGCUCCCACUGGAUUGGGAUUUCAUGCGCCACAUUCCUGAGCAAAAUCUGUGCCAGCACCAUCACUUACCCCCACGAGGUUCUUCGCACACGACUGCAGACCCAGCAGCGUACCGCACCCGCCCCUUCAUCAGAAGAAAUUGCUUUCCGCGGUGGAUUGCAUCACCCACAUGACCGCGGUCAGCCCCGGGUUUUCUCAUCCUCCGACGGGAUGCGCCUUCGUCCUCGAUAUGCAGGAAUGCUUCGCACGUGUCAGACAAUUCUCAGAGAAGAAGGGUGGACAGCCUUCUACUCCGGGAUCGGCACCAACCUGUUCCGGGCCGUCCCGGCUGCUAUGACGACCAUGCUCACCUAUGAGUACCUACGAAAGGUUAUGCACAACCUUCAGCAUGAAGGCGUGAUAAAGCGGGACAUGGAAGGGGAUGGUGCCGAUGCUGGAAGCACGAUAUGA